UCUUUGGCUUGCGGUUCCCUCACACAGAAUAAGAAGAGAGGAACUGGCUGAGACCGUCACUCAAACCCCAUACGCCUGACAGAGAACUUUUAGGAUGGGCAACAGCGCACUGAAAGCCCACCUGGAGACAGCACAGAAAACUGGUGUGUUCCAGCUAACUGGAAAGGGGCUUACUGAGUUUCCAGAAGACUUGCAGAAGCUAACAAGCAAUUUAAGGACAAUAGACUUGUCGAACAACAAAAUAGAGCUCUUGCCACCACUCAUUGGAAAAUUUUCCCUUCUGAAGAGCCUUGCUCUAAACAACAACAAACUGACUGCUUUACCUGAGGAGCUGUGUAAACUGAAAAAACUGGAAACGCUUCACUUGAAUGGCAAUCACUUGAGGCAGCUACCGUCUGCAUUUGGGCAACUUUCUGCUCUCAAAACCCUGAGCCUUUCUGGAAACCAGCUUCGGACUGUGCCUACGCAGCUCUGCGGUCUUCGCCACUUGGAUGUGGUAGAUCUUUCCAAAAACCAGAUCCAGAACGUGCCCGACACUGUGGGAGAAUUGCAGGCUAUCGAACUCAAUUUGAAUCAGAAUCAGAUUUCCCAGAUCUCGGUGCAGAUCUCCCACUGUCCACGGCUGAAAGUCUUGCGUUUAGAAGAAAACUGUCUAGAACUCAGCAUGCUUCCUCAGAGCAUCCUUAGCGAUUCCCAGAUCUCACUGCUUGCAGUAGAAGGCAACCUCUUUGAAAUCAAGAAACUCAGAGAACUGGAAGGUUAUGACAAGUACAUGGAACGCUUCACAGCUACAAAGAAGAAGUUUGCGUGA